UUUCAACUCAAUGACCCGAUGAACUGCCACGAUGCGGUGGGGUGCGUCGUCGAGGUAUUUAGCGAUGUCACUAAGGUAUGGUGUCAAGGUCGCAUCGACGAGUAUGACCCACAAGUCGGCUACCGCGUCAUGUACGACGACGGAAACGAGCAAUGGGAAGAUCUGUCCGAUCCGGAUCGCGUUCAUGUGGUGCAGCCAUCUCGAGCCAACAUGGAGGGGUAUGCAGAGGGUGUACAUGUGAUCCCCACAGAAAAUACCAUCGCAGAUGAGAAAUGCGCCAUGACCCCACCCCCCGACCUAGACGAUGUCAUAGUUGACACUCGCGUCAGUCGAGAAUCCGCUGACAAUGACAACGCCAUCGAGUCAACGACACAAGUGUAUCACCUGCAGUCAACUAUAGGUGGCCAGCUAGCGCCAAGUUGUCGCCAAUCAAGUAGCGACGUCCAAGACGACGAGGUCGAAGCAGUGACGUACGAGAGUGAAAACAGGCUCAUACCAGAAUGGCUUGCACCUCGAAUGAACUUGCAAACGACAAGUUACUCAAGUGGUCGAGCAACGACGUAUACAACGACGAACAACGGACACGAGCAAGUUCAUGGGGGAAAUGGUGGCCUUAACGACACCCCUUGUUCCUUGGACAGUGGCACGAAUCCAAGAGCAUUGGCCAAUGGUAGCCUCAUUUCUAGCGCAUUGUUGGAAGCCCCCACCCCAAUCGUAGUACACACAUCCGAAACGACAACCGCGCAUGGCAUUUGUUCCGUCCAAACAAAGACUCAACCAAGCGACUACUCGGGCAACGAGAACACGACUCCAGUCGCAAGCAAACCAGCUACAGCAUGCGAAUUCCCCCCCGUGGCUGAUUGGGACGGGCGCACGUCAAGGCUGAGUGGGCGCGUCAGUCACUUUCGCAGCGAGCGCGACAUGACAGCGUGCCACGUGUUUGUGAAGGUCCACGUCGUCAGCCCUGGCCCGGGCAGUGUGCACCUUCGUUGCAAACGGGCGAUUCACACCACGCAACUGCACGUGUGUGGCGGCGGGGGUGCUUGGGACGACUCGAUAUGGACGCAUACAUUCACAGACGACGAGCCUGUUGACCUCAACACGGCACUAUUGUACGCCGUGUACCUUGCAGAGUCGGACAAUAUCUUCCUCGGCCACGUGUUGAUCCCCAUCAGUCACUUUAGUCGGAGCGUCGUCGUCCAGGACGAAGAGUUUGCGUUGGUGUCACGACAAGGCAAGGUCGUGGCAGGGCUGUUCCUUCGUCUGCAACAUCAAGUUGUACUGGUGACGACAUUUCCCACAGCCGUCCCCCCUGUCAAAUCAACCCCUGUACCUGACACGCCCAAACUUGCCAAACCAUCCAAGACGGUCGAUGGCAAGCCAAGGAAUCUUCAAUCCACCGACCAAAAGGUCAAACCCGUGGCAACUCGACGCGUCCAUCGUCUCGUGCGGCCGAAAUCAGCGUCUGGCAACCAAAAACAACAGGCGCUUCACGCCAAAGCCAGCACCAUCUACAGCGCAAAAAGGCGACCUAAACCAUCGUCGAAUGCCAAGCUACCACUACCAUCCACGUACGACACGCAAGUGCAGCUGGUCGAGGACGUAGCUGCUUUGCAGGCGUCAGUGGCGCAGGCCGAAGCCCAGGUCCUGCGACUGACGGCCAUGUUGUCGCGGUUGGACAUCAGCCACGGCAAACUGAAAUCCACGGCAGGAUGUUUAAAGCGGUCCAUUGCCAGAGCCACAUCAUCCUCAUGCAGUCCUCAAGGGGUCAUUCCUACAAAACCCUCGACACCGAAAGGCCCGACGGCGGCAGGUGGCGGGUAUGUGGAGACGUUAACGUGCGUGUUCAACGACGCUGUACAAGAACGACAAGGGCUGAUGUUGGCCAUGUCAGCACUCGCCCAAGACGAAGUGGCGACGUCCAAAUCCCUCGGUGACGUCCUGGACGACUUGCAACGCGGCCGCCGCCAACUGCGGUGGCUCACGGACCCAACGAGGAAGAUAGCCGACGAUGAUGCGUUCUUGGCCCAGCGGUACACCGUUCUCAUGGACUUGAAGGUCCAAGUGGCGACAUUGCACGAGCAAGAAUCGAUGUACCAGCAAAGUGCAGCAGACCCGAUCGACAACGUCGUGGAGUCGAAGGUGGAUGCUCGACGCAAGAAACUGGACCAACUGGAACAAGAGAUUGCCAUCCAUCGAGGUCAGUACAACCAAAUGGUGCACGACCAGUCCAGCCACGACUUGAAACAAAAGGUCAACGACAUGCACUUGAUACUGCUCAUGGUCAGUAACGUUAGUGGCGUUGUAUAAACAAUACUUAAGACUUACGGGACAGCAUUGAAUAUUAAUACCAACCUUGGAUACUAUGGUUAAUAUAAUAUAAUUGUUGAAUUAAAAGCAUGGA